AUGACCUCCGGAGGCCGUCACGGCGGAAAACGCCUCCCCAUAAGCUGUCAAGCAUGUCGAAUCAGGAAAAUCCGCUGCUCUCGCGACAAACGGCCAUGCCAAACAUGUGUACGGCGAGGUUUGGGCGUAGAAGACUGCGUCUACCUAGGCCAACCGCGACUAUCAUCCGAACAGUCAUCUUCACCAGAGACACUGGUGCAGCAGGAAUUACUAGCACGAAUUCGCAAUCUUGAGGAUUUGGUUCAGAGACAGGCUAGAUCGAACUCGCUAGCUGGGCUGCAGGGCAGCAAUUCACUUUCUCCGCAGACGUCUAGCUCAUCGGAGCCUGAUAGUGCUAUUGGAUUGGGGCCGCUGGAUUCGAUGGGCUCCGGUAUGGCUAAUAUGGGAUCUUUACAGACGUUUUCUUCGGGGCAUGUUCGAUAUGUGCCGUUGGCUUCACAGUGGAACUCGGUGGUAAAUAAGAAUUCAACUGGUGAUUGUCUGCAGAAUGUUGAUACGGAAAUCCCGGAUGAUGAUGAUGACUUGCAGGUUCCGCUGGUCAGGAAUGGGAGUGCUUCGAGGGACGAGCUAUUGGGGGUUCUUCCGCCGGGGAGAUAUUGCGAUACCUUAAAAAAUGUGUACUUUCAAGUCUUUUCGCCGCUAUUCCAUAUCCUCCAUGAUUUGACCUUCGAGGCAGAAUAUCAACAAUUCCGACAUGACGCCGGAAGCGUAUCAACAUCAUGGCUUGCGUUACUCUUCACCAUCCUAGGCAUAGCAGUGACCGCACUUGACGACGACGAUCCCUUACUAUCCGACCUAGGCCGCGAAAAGACAGUCAGUCGCAACAUCAAAGUGCUAUCAGCGCGCUACCGCUCCGCAGCAAUGCGCUGCUUAGCAGCAGACGGCGUUGUAUCGCGACACUCCAUCAACUCUCUACAAUGCCUCGUGCUCCUCAACUACGCACGCUCUCACCGCGGACUACCAACAUGGACCUUGAUCGGAUUCACCCAUCAUGUUGCCAUCUCAAUGGGUUGUCACAUCGACCCUGAACGAUUUGGACUAGGUCCUAUCGAGCGCGAGGAACGGAGGCGUGCAUGGGCUGGACUCAUGAUGCUAUACACCAUUCAGAACGCCUCCUUCGGUAGUCUGGACCAGCAUCUCCUCGCACAAGAUGUCAAGCUCCCCGCAGAUGUCAACGACGUCGACCUUCUAACAGGAAUGCCCUCCGAAUCAGCGCCGCGCCCAACACAAAUGACCUAUCUCCUGCUAAAAUUCCGUCUCUACAAAGUCUCCGCCAUGAUCUGCGAAUCUAUCUUUAGCUUUCCUUAUAGAUCACGAACUAGCACUCCACAACUCGAAUCGGAGAUCGUGGCCAUACAGGAGAUGUGCGAUGAGCGGUAUCAACUUGAUACGACACAUGAACCACUACCUACGCACCACAUGGCCAAUAUGAAUGUCCUCUACAGCUACAUCCAUCAACUCUUUUUACUUCUUCUCCGUCCCACGCUCUGUCGAUACUUCCAGGGCGAAAUCACACCUGAAACAUCUGCAUCAAGGGCUAAAUGCGUCGCUUCCUCCAAGGCAUCGUUGACAAUCUACAUAUCGCUUUCCGAGUUGCCCCAGUUCGCGCCGUAUAAGUGGUAUAAUAGUGGACUUGGAAGCUUCCACGCCUUUCACGCUGCGGUCGUUCUAUCAGUUAUUCUCAUGAAUCCAGAGAGUCAGGCAGAAUUCGUCGAGAUAAAGGAUAUUCUCGGAAAAUCACUCGAUGUAUUCGCUGCGCUAUCUAACCGCAGUGCAUUUUGUAGUAAGGCUGUGCCUAUCUUACGACAGAUCAUCGACGUCGCCACAACGCGCUACCAACAACACCAACAUCAACAUCAUCUCUUCAAUAUCUCCCCCAUGGCGCCAACAACCCACUCCUCUCCUAGCACACAUACAGCCACGCACAUGAACACGCCAUACAGCCAGCACCACUCCACUCCCGCAGCAAUGGUGGAUGAAUCUCUCAUGAACCCGUUCUUCGCACAGAUGAGUCCGCAGAAUUGGAUAAGUCCGGCUGCGGUUCCGUGGGAUGGAUGGGGUUUCCUCACGGCGGCGGAAGGGUGGGUUGGGGGGCAGCAUGGUUGA